GCGCGUGCGCGGGCUGAGCUUGGCGCAUUGAAAGGGCGGCUGUGAUUGGGCAGGGCGGAGAAAGGCGGGCCGGGAUUGGCGGGUGUGGCGCUGUUCGGGAGCGUGAGGGCUCAGUCGGGCGGAGCCGGGGCUGCGGGCUGGGUCUGCGGUCCCGCUCCCAGACCCCCGUCCCGUUCUCCGACCCGCUCUCGUGCCCGGGUCCCAGCUAAAACGCCCCGCAGCGCCCCUACCGGCACUCGGGGCGGGGAGGGGCCUAGCCGGCAGCCCGCCCGGCUGUGGUUCCAGCAGUGGUUCCGGGUCGCAAAGGCGGAUUCUGCGGUAGCGGCGCGGAUCAGGGAGCGGCGGUGACAUGCGGUUCCGCUUCUGCGGGGACUUGGACUGCCCCGACUGGGUGCUGGCCGAGAUCAGCACCCUGGCCAAAAUAUCCUCGGUGAAGCUGAAGCUGAUCUGCGCCCAGGUGCUGCGGGACCUGCUGGGGGAGGCCAUCGAGUAUGACAAGAUCCUGAAGCUGACCUCAGAUGCAAAGUUAGAGUCAGGGGAUGUGAAGGCGACCAUCGCUGUCCUCAGCUUCAUCCUCUCCAGUGCAGCCAAGCACAAUGUAGACAGUGAGUCUCUGUCCAGUGAGCUGCAGCAGCUGGGACUGCCCAAAGAGCAUGCCAGCGGGUUGUGCCGUUCCUACGAGGAGAAGCAGAGCCCCCUCCAGGACAGGCUCCGGGCCUGCAGCCUGCGAUUGAGCCAGCUGGGCUCCGUGCGCUGGCGGGUGGAUUACACCCUCAGCUCCAGCGAGCUGCAGGAGGUCAACGAGCCCGUGGUGCACCUGACCUUCAACGUGCGGGACAGAGAGGGUGACAAGAUGACAGCCGUCCCUGUGACGCUCUCUGCCAACAAGUUCUGGGUGCUGCUGGCAGAGCUGAAGCAGGCCCAGACCCUGAUGAACACCCUUCUCUGAGGAGCCAGAAAAGGGCCACGGUGGGAGGCUGCGACACUGGCUGGGGGUCUAGACUGGUGCUGCUGGUUGGGAGGAGGACAUUUCCCUUCUCACCAGGUUGCUGGGGUUGUCGUGGCAGCUCCAAUAAAGUCGUGGUGACAAAGCUGA